AUGUGGUCAUUCGGAACUACUAUGACAAUGGCGAAAGAUAGCGAUCCUUCGCUGGUUUCUACUACACAACCUCAACAACCUGCCGAAUCUAUUCAGUCUUCACAGUCUCUCCAGCCCCCCCAGAAUACGAUACCAUAUCCCCGGCCUCGGCCGCCGAUACUAUCGCAACGCUCGCUCAAGCAACUAGGCCUAUAUUUCGCCGGCGCGAGCUUUCUUACGCUCUCGACUAUAAUAACAAGACGAGCGGUAGUCAGAAAACAAUUAGCGACGAUCCCCAAAUUUUAUCACCAGAGUUAUCAACAAGUUAACAAGAUAGAUUCCGAUGGCUCGUUAAUAGCUCUCGAGGCUCUAAAUCUCGCCACACUCAAUGUCAUAGGAUUCGGUAUUAUGAUGACAGGUGGCCUAUCGUGGGCUUUUGACAUCUCGAGCGUCGAUGAUUUAAGGAGCAUGGCAAGGGGACAUGUUGGACCCUCUGGCGGCCGAACUGACGAAGAGGCUGAACGAGAAAUCGAAGAGUGGGUAGCGAAGGUCCUGGGGAGGAAAGAAUCAAAAGAAGAUACCAAAAAACCGCUAGAGAAGGGCGACUAA